GUUGGAGUCUGUGGUGCGCCGCCCGCAGGACCUGAGGGGAUGUUGGAGGACGAGCCCCACGUCGAGGGGGCGGCGGUGGUAGUCGCAGCCGGGGAGGCGCUGCAGGCUCUGUGCCAGGAGCUGAACCUGGACGAAGGGAGCGCGGCCGAAGCCCUGGACGACUUCACCGCCAUACGGGGCAACUACAGCCUAGAGGGAGAAGUUAUACACUGGUUGGCAUGUUCAUUGUAUGUUGCAUGCCGCAAAAGCAUAAUUCCCACAGUUGGAAAGGGUAUCAUGGAAGGAAACUGUGUUUCACUUACUAGAAUACUCCGUUCAGCUAAAUUAAGUUUAAUACAGUUUUUUAGUAAAAUGAAGAAAUGGAUGGACAUGUCAAACCUGCCACAAGAAUUCCGUGAACGUAUAGAAAGGCUAGAGAGAAAUUUUGAAGUGUCUACUGUAAUUUUCAAAAAGUUUGUGCCAAUUUUUUUAGAUAUAUUUCAAAAUCCAUAUGAAGAACCAACAAAGUUACCACGAAGCAGGAAACAAAGGAGGAUUCCUUGCACUGUAAAGGAUCUCUUUAAUUUCUGUUGGACACUGUUUGUAUAUACUAAGGGUAAUUUUCGUAUGAUUGGGGAUGAUUUAGUAAACUCUUAUCAUUUACUUCUGUGCUGCUUGGAUCUGAUUUUUGCCAAUGCCAUUAUGUGCCCUAAUAGACAAGACUUGUUAAAUCCAUCCUUUAAAGGUUUACCAUCUGAUUUCAAUACUGCUGACUUUAAAGCUUCUGAAGAGCCUCCCUGCAUCAUUGCUGUACUGUGUGAACUGCAUGAUGGACUUCUGGUAGAAGCAAAAGGAAUAAAAGAGCACUACUUUAAGCCAUAUAUUUCAAAACUUUUUGAUAAGAAGAUUUUAAAAGGAGAAUGCCUCCUGGACCUUUCUAGUUUUGCUGAUAAUAGCAAAGCAGUGAACAAAGAGUAUGAAGAGUAUGUUUUAACUGUUGGUGAUUUUGACGAAAGGAUCUUUUUGGGAGCAGAUGCAGAAGAAGAAAUUGGAACCCCUCAAAAGUUCACUGGUGAUACCACAUUAGGGAAGCUAGCAACUCAGGCUAAUGUGGAGUAUAACCUUCAACAACACUUUGAAAAAAAAAGAUCGUUUGCACCUUCUACUCCACUGACAGGACGGCGUUAUUUACGAGAAAAAGAAGCAGUCAUUACUCCUGUUGCAUCAGCCACUCAAAGUGUAAGCCGGUUACAGAGUAUUGUGGCUGGGUUGAAAAAUGCACCAAGUGAACAACUUAUAAAUAUUUUUGAAUCUUGUAUACGUAAUCCAUUGGAAAACAUUAUGAAAAUCGUGAAAGGAAUAGGAGAGACUUUCUGCCAACACUACACUCAGUCAACAGAUGAACAGCCAGGAUCUCACAUAGAUUUUGCUGUAAACAGACUAAAGCUGGCAGAAAUUUUGUAUUAUAAAAUAUUGGAGACUGUAAUGGUUCAGGAAACUCGAAGACUCCAUGGAAUGGACAUGUCAGUUCUGUUAGAGCAAGAUAUAUUUCAUCGUUCCUUGAUGGCUUGUUGUUUGGAAAUUGUGCUCUUUGCCUAUAGCUCACCUCGAACAUUUCCUUGGAUUAUUGAAGUUCUCAAUUUGCAACCAUUUUACUUUUAUAAGGUUAUUGAGGUGGUGAUUCGUUCAGAGGAGGGUCUCUCAAGGGACAUGGUGAAACAUUUGAACAGCAUUGAAGAACAGAUUUUGGAGAGUUUAGCAUGGAGUCACGAUUCUGCACUGUGGGAGGCUCUCCAGGCUUCUACAAACAAAGUUCCUACUUGUGAAGAAGUGAAUAUGCAACCAUUGUCUCCAAUUUCUGUCCAUGAACGCUACAGCUCUCCUACAGCAGGGAGUGCUAAAAGAAGACUUUUUGGAGAGGACCCCCCAAAGGAUAUGCUUAUGGACAAGAUCAUAACAGAAGGAACAAAAUUAAAAAUUGCUUCUUCUUCAAGCAUUGCUACAGAAAAUAUAUCAAUUUUACCUGGACAAACUCUUCUAACAAUGGCCACAGCCACAGUAACAGGGACAACAGGACAUAAAGUUACAAUUCCAUUGCAUGGUGUUGCAAAUGAUGCUGGAGAGAUCACACUGUUACCUAUCUCCAUGAAUACAACUCGGGAGUCCAAAGUCAAGAGUCCUGUAUCACUUACUACUCAAUCGUUAAUUGGCUCUUCUCCCAAACCGACCCAUCUAACUAAAGCACAAGAGGUACAUCCAACUGUAAUAAGCAAGCCAAAGAGAACUGGGUCUUUAGCACUGUUUUACAGAAAGGUAUAUCAUUUGGCGAGUGCACGCUUACGUGAUCUAUGUUUAAAACUGGAUGUUUCAAAUGAGUUACGAAGGAAGAUAUGGACGUGCUUUGAAUUCACUUUAGUUCAUUGUCCUGAUCUAAUGAAAGACAGGCACUUGGAUCAGCUCCUCCUCUGUGCCUUUUAUAUCAUGGCAAAGGUAACAAAAGAAGAAAGAACUUUUCAAGAAAUAAUGAAAAGUUAUAGAAAUCAGCCCCAAGCUAAUAGUCACGUAUACAGAAGUGUUCUGUUGAAAAGUAUUCCAAGAGAAGUUGUGGCAUACAAUAAAAAGAUAAAUGGUGAUUUUGAAAUGAUAGAUUGUG